GAUCUCCCCGGGGGGGCGGCACGCCAUCACCCGAGGGACCAGCGGCAGGCUCACGCCAUGGGCCACGGGCAGCAGCAGCAGCAGCAGCAGCAGCACCCCCUGGGCCAGCAGGAGGACACGCCCGCAGGGGAUGGGGGCACCGGGCCCCAGGGCAUACCGGCCCGCACCGGGAACUGGUGUGCGUAUGUGCAUCGGCGCGUGGUCACCAUGGCGGUGUCCUGUGGGACGGAGAAGUACACCAUCAAGUCCCAGAGCCCCUGCCCCAGCGGCUCGCCUGACUGCCAGAUCAUCAUGUAUAAGCUCUCUACACGGCCGGUGUACCGGGAGAAGCAGAAGAUCUUCACAGCCUUACUAUGGCGCUGCUGCCCUGGCCAUGGGGGAGAGAAAUGUGAAGACUCAGUUCCAGAGGACCAUGUCGCGGACCCUCAGGCGCCCACUGUGGCAGGUAGAACCCAUCCAGGAGAUCCAUGGACCCCCGCACACCAUCCAGGAACUCAAGGACACCCACAACUUCUCAGGGACCCGAACUGGGAACAGAAUGACUUUGAGGUGUCGGGCAGUGAGCUGUACGAGGCCCGCGGGACGACAGCGGAGAACGACACGUCCGCUGACCUCACCUACGACUACCCACACAGCCCCCAAGACCACGCAGACCAUGACCACAGUCAACAUGCCCGAGGAGGCCCCGUAGAUGUGAACCUGCCCAAUCCCCACUCCCCUGGCCUUGUGGCCCUUCCUCACAUAGUUUCCAUGGUGAUGGCGCAGCUUCAGCCCACCUUGGACGGCUUCAACAACGCCUUGGGCCGCCUCUCCCAGGAGGUGGGGGGCCUGUCCCGCGACGUAGCCGCCCUCAAGCUCCGACAAGAGGAGGUGAGGGAGAGGGGAGGAGGGGACCCCGAUCACGAUCACGAUCACGAUCACGACACCCUGGGCCACGGAGUCGAGGAAACGCAAGAGGGGCAGGAGUACGCAACGAGUCGCUAUGAGUUCCUGGAGGGGAAGCUGGAGGAGAGCUUCCAGCAGAUCAUCGAGCUGCAGAGGCAGCUGGACGACAGGCUGCACUCCCAGCAUACAAUGCUUCUCUACAACCUGACCAUCUUCAAGACAGACAUCGAUUCCAAGAUCAAGCGACAGCAGAAGAAUUUACAGCUGAAUCUCCAGGCCCUGAACUCCUCUAUCUCAGAGCUGAGGCAGACCCAGGAACGCCAAGAGGAGGAAAUACAGCGAACCUGGGACACACCCAUCGAGAGACCGCUCGUCCCCGCUCCGGGCCGGCCGCCCAGCACGGACCCGUCCCACAUCUGGGACGCCAUCGCCCGUCUGGACGAGCAGGUGGUGAAUAACACGGUGAGGGUGGACGCUUUGAGCGAGGCGACGGACAAGGGCAUCGCCAGCCUGCAGAGCGGCCUCCAGGGGCUGGACGAGAAGAUCGACGACACGGGCCGCAGGAGCCAGAUCCAGUUCAUGGAGACGGGUCUCGAGGUGGACGCCGCGCGGGCGGUGGUGCUCCAGCGGGUGGAGGAGCUGGCCAGCAACCUGACCCAACAAGGCCAAAAGGUGCAGGAGAACGAGAACGACGUGGACUAUUUGUUCAAGCAGUUCUACCUUAACGUCAGCUCAGGCAGCGGGGGCUGCGACUGCCAGGCCUUGCUCUCCAAUCUGGAAGGAGCCAUUAACACCGUCAGCACGAUAGCCAACGAGAACCGGAAGGCCCUGAACGAUGAACACUCCAAGCCAGAGGGCUGGGAUGACUGGAUGCCAUCCGUGGAGGACCUCAAGCGAGGGCUGAGUUAUGUGCAAAACGCGCUCGCCUUUGAGCAGGAGAGAACCCGGGCCCUGAAUUUCAACGUGUCCGCGCUGCAAGCCACACUCAUGGCCAGCCAGCAGGACAUCCAGGCCCUCCAGAACAAGGAGGACAAGAAGGAAGCCAGGGUCCAGCGCCUCCAAAGCUCCUUCAACUCCCUCCUGAUGGACUCCACCCGUCACGCCGAGGUCUUGGAGGUGGUGCUGGGCAUGGAGGUGCUGGAGUUCUCCAAGCUGCCCAAGGACAAGCAGAAUGAAAACUCCAUGCCGGCGACCAGAAAGUUGAUCCACGAUUUGAAGGAGCGACUCGCGUCGGCUCCAGAGACUGAGGCAGCGGACCAGCCCUCGGCGCUGAUCGACUGGGAAAAGCAAGGACUUGCCAAGUCCAAACAAAUCCUGUAUGGUGAGCCAGAGGAGGGACAAGAUUACUCGGACAGCGACUUUUGGAGUCUGGACAAGGCUGUGGAGGAGCUUGCCAUUCGGGUAAAGAGCAUCGAAGGGCGACCCUGCCCUGCUUCCUGCUGCAACUGCACCAAGGACACCACCCCCGGUGGUGUGGAGGGGAAACUGCAGGCAGAGGUCAACUCCCUGCGCCAAGGCCUUGAAGAGCACCUGCUUGUGUUCAAGAGGCUCUUCAGCAAUACAGAGGGUCUGACUGGCUCAGAGGCAUCGUUGGAUUUGGACAAAUUGUCGGCGA